AUGCUAGACGCCUCGGUGCCCAAUAGAUAUAUGAGAGAAGAAAGUGAAGAAAAAGUGUUGAUUUUGCUAUAUACGCCCCAUAAGUCCAAGAGAGACUGGGGCCUAGGCCCUGGAGAUGACUUGUUCAAGUCACUGAAAUGUCCAGUGAAGACUUGUGCCUUCACGACUGACAGAGGUCUGCUGGACGAUGCACCCGUGGUGAUGUUUCAUGUUCCGGAAUUAAAGACUGACCUAAAUCCACCACCCAGAUCCCGUAACCGCCCUCAGGCGUGGGUAUUCUACACACACACCUCUCCUGCCUAUUCCCAUCAACCUCCGUACUUGUGGCAACACCUUUUCAACUGGUCCAUGACCUAUCACCCUGAAGCGGAAGUCCACUUUCCAUUCGGAAGGCUGCGCCAUCGCAGCGCCCGACAACCAAAAAAUUACCUUGCCGUUGCAAAAGAGGAAAGAAAGAUGGUGGCUUGGUUUGUAGGCAGUUGCAAGUCUCACUCCAAACGAGAAGCGUAUGUUGAGCGGCUGAAGAGAGUUGUUCCGGUUGAUACGUUUGGAGAAUGUGGUGAUCACGAAUGCGAUGACGCGGAAGGAUGUUUGGAAAUGGUUGGCAAGUCCUACAAAUUUUAUCUAUCUUUUGAAAGUUCUCUCUGCGAGGGAUAUGUGACAGAGGACUUUUUCCAACACGCCAAACUCGAUGUUGUGCCGAUUGUCCGAGGAGGCGCAAACUACAGCAAUUUUAUGCCCAAAAAUUCGUUCAUAAAUACGGAAGAUUUUCAGACGGCUAACGAGCUUGGCAGAUAUCUGACGUUUUUGGCCUCCAACCCUGAAGAGUACGCUAAGUACCUGGAAUGGAAAAACUAUUACAGUGUUGAAGUCACGAUUACCAAAGACAAGAGCUGGUGUUACCUUUGUGAAAAGGCUCAUGACGUCACUAGUGUAAAGAAACGUCACAACCCUUACGAGUUUUGGUUUCAGGGUAAGGCCUGCUGGACACCAAGUGAUAUACUGUAA